UUUAGUAUAAUUUCUCCUCAGUAUAUCAUUCCUUCCAAGCACCUUCCUCUAUAUAUUUUGGCAAAGAUACCACAAACACCAUCAGUAUAGUUGUAAGUCCAAUAUGGUCAAUGAUCAAGACCAACUCCGGCAACCCAUCUUAGACUCCGAACCCAACACAACAGCACCCGAAGCCUCCAACCAUGGCGAUGGCUUGGAGUCUCCACUUGAGAAGGUGCUAUCUGACACCCAACUGCCCUCCUUCAAGAGACUCCGCUUGGCCACAUGGAUUGAACUCAAGCUCCUCUUUCGCCUUGCAGCCCCUGCCGUCUUGGUUUAUGUCGUUAACAACUCCAUGUCACUUUCCACCCGUGUCUUCGCAGGCCACCUCGGCAACCUUGAGCUUGCCGCCGCCUCCCUUGGCAACAGCGGCGUCCAACUCUUCGCCUACGGCCUCAUGUUAGGCAUGGGAAGUGCGGUGGAAACUCUAUGUGGGCAAGCCUACGGUGCCGAAAAAUAUGACAUGUUAGGCAUAUACCUCCAAAGAGCAACCAUAGUCCUAACCCUCACUGGCCUUCCACUUCUUCUCAUCUUCCUCCUAUCCAAACCCAUCUUGAUCUUAUUCGGUGAGACACCAAAGCUGGCUGCAGCAGCCGCCGUUUAUGUCUACGGCCUCAUCCCACAAAUCUUUGCCUACGCCAUCAACUUCCCGAUGCAAAAGUUUCUUCAAGCCCAGAGAAUUGUGGCCCCAAGUGCCUACAUAUCAGCAGCUACACUUGGUGUGCAUUUAGUGCUGAGCUGGGUGGCUGUGUACAAGUUGGGCAUGGGGUUGAUAGGUGCGUCGUUGGUUCUGAGCUUGUCGUGGUGGGUCAUAGUUGGGGCCCAGUUUAUUUACAUCCUAAAGAGCAGUCGGUGCAAGGAGACGUGGACUGGGUUUAGUUUGGAAGCGUUUUCUGGGUUGUGGGAUUUUCUGAAGCUAUCGGCUGCAUCGGCUGUGAUGCUGUGCUUGGAGACAUGGUAUUUUCAGGUAUUAGUGUUGAUUGCUGGGUUGCUCGAGAACCCUGAGCUCGCGUUAAAUUCUUUGGCCGUAUGCACGGGGAUAUCUGCAUUGCUGUUCAUGGUUUCAGUCGGGUUUAAUGCAGCUGCAAGUGUGAGGGUAAGCAAUGAGCUAGGUGCUGGGAAUCCAAAGUCAGCCGCAUUCUCAGUUCUAGUGGUAACAAUUGUGUCGCUAUUGAUAGCUAUCGUGGAAGCUGUGGUUGUGCUCUCCUUACGUCACGUCAUCAGCUACGCCUUCACCGACGGUGAAACCGUGGCCAAUGCAGUCUCCCACCUCACUCCUUACUUGGCCGUCACCCUUAUUCUUAACGGGAUUCAACCAGUCCUGUCCGGGGUGGCCGUUGGAUGUGGAUGGCAAGCAUUUGUAGCGUAUGUGAAUGUUGGAUGCUAUUACGUGGUUGGGAUCCCAUUAGGCUGUCUUCUUGGAUUUAAGUUCGACUUUGGUGUUGAGGGGAUCUGGACGGGGAUGAUAGGAGGAACAUUGAUGCAGACCAUCAUCUUACUGUGGGUAACGUUUCGUACCGAUUGGAAUAAAGAGGUGGGCACAGCUAUAAACCGUUUGGAAAAAUGGGAUGACAAGAACCGGCCUCCUCCUCCUCUUCUAAAAAGCUGAUGUGCUCAAAUUUAGACCAGUAGUUUUUUCUGGCAUGCAGCCCAACUUUAUAUUUCACUGAGGAGAUGAUCGAUUUCAUGUUUGUAUUCUCAUUGGAUCUUUGAUUACCAAUAUCAAAAGUUAAUAAGCUAGCUACGUUCGUACGUACAUUACGUACGUACAAGUAUUGUGUUUAGGUAGCUGUUGCAUCGGGCUCGAGAGGUGAUCUCAAUUAUACUCGUGAGUUAGCUCAAGUUGAUUAAAUUUGAACACAAACUUAUCCACAGAUAUAAUAUAAGUCCGAGACCACAUGGCUGAACUGAA